CUCAGCCCUUUCAGAAGCUCUCUGCUAGUUCGGAUCCAAGGUGUGACGAGCCAUGGCGACCACGAUCCUGCAGCCUCCCGUGCAGCUGAUGGUGCUCUGCCGCUGGUACCUGUACGCCAUCCACGGCUACUUCUGCAAGGUCGUGUUCACGGCGGCGUGGGAGUUCGCCGUGCACUCCGAGUGGAAGUUCCCGGGCGUGACGAGCGUGUGGACGCUCUUCAUCUACGGCACGUGCAUCCUGGCGAUGGAGCGCAUGUACCUGUACCUGCGCGGGCACUGCCACGUGUUGGUGCGCUGCCUCAUCUACACGCUGUGGACGUACAUGUGGGAGCUGAGCACGGGGCUGCUGCUGCGCCAGUUCCACGCCUGCCCCUGGGACUACUCCGCCUUCCGCUACAACUUCCUGGGCCUGAUCACGGCCGAGUACGCGCUGCCGUGCUUCUGCGCCUCCUUCGUCGUGGAGCGCCUGCUCAUCCGCAAAACGCUGCGCCUGCGCUUCCAUCAGGGCACCGACGACGGCUUCGGGCGGAGCUACAUCAGCACCUUGAUGUCCAGCAAUAACAGCUUCCUCAAAUGGGAGUGAAAACUCCUGCAGGGGGGCGGGGACUACCUGGUGACAUCGACGCAAACCCCGCCCCCCUCUGAAUGAAAACAAGGAAAACAUGGACCCUCUU